CCGGGGGCUGGGCGGGUGCGGGCGGCGAGGCAGGCUGAGGAGGUGCAGAGGAAGCGGGGCGGCCGGGCGCUGCAGCCGGCGGCGUCGGGGCUGUAGCCUCCGCCCUUCGCACGCCCCUCGCGCCCGGUCCCCGCGCCUAGGGCGCACGGUGGAAAGGGACGCGGCGCCGGCUAGCCGGCAGCCAUGGAGCCGGCCCCCUCAGCCGGCGCGGAGCUGCAGCCCCCGCUCCUCGCCAACGCCUCGGACGCUUACCCCAGCGCCCUCUCCGGCGCGGGGGCCAAUGCGUCGGGGCCGCCGGGCGCACGGAGCGCCUCGUCCCUCGCCCUAGCCAUCGCCAUUACCGCGCUCUACUCGGCCGUGUGCGCCGUGGGGCUGCUGGGCAACGUGCUCGUCAUGUUCGGCAUCGUCCGGUACACCAAGAUGAAGACGGCUACCAACAUCUACAUCUUCAACUUGGCCUUGGCCGAUGCACUGGCCACCAGCACACUGCCCUUCCAGAGUGCCAAGUACUUGAUGGAGACGUGGCCAUUUGGUGAACUGCUCUGCAAGGCUGUGCUCUCCAUUGACUACUACAAUAUGUUCACCAGCAUCUUCACACUCACCAUGAUGAGUGUCGACCGUUACAUCGCUGUCUGCCACCCUGUCAAGGCCCUGGACUUCCGCACACCCGCCAAGGCCAAGCUGAUCAACAUCUGCAUCUGGGUCCUGGCCUCGGGUGUUGGUGUACCUAUCAUGGUCAUGGCUGUGACCCGUCCCCGGGACGGAGCAGUGGUGUGCAUGCUCCAGUUCCCCAGCCCCAGCUGGUACUGGGACACAGUGACCAAGAUCUGCGUGUUCCUCUUCGCUUUCGUGGUGCCCAUCCUGGUCAUCACCGUGUGCUACGGCCUCAUGCUGCUGCGCCUGCGCAGUGUGCGCCUGCUGUCGGGCUCCAAGGAGAAAGACCGCAGUCUGCGGCGCAUCACGCGCAUGGUGCUGGUGGUGGUGGGUGCCUUCGUGGUGUGCUGGGCGCCCAUCCACAUCUUCGUCAUCGUCUGGACGCUGGUGGACAUCGACCGGCGCGACCCGCUCGUGGUGGCCGCUCUGCACCUGUGCAUCGCGCUGGGCUACGCCAACAGCAGCCUCAACCCCGUGCUCUACGCCUUCCUGGACGAGAACUUCAAGCGCUGCUUCCGCCAGCUCUGCCGCAAGCCCUGUGGUCGCCCGGAACCCAACAGCUUCAGCCGCACCCGCGAAGCCACCGCUCGCGAGCGGGUCACUGCCUGCACCCCGUCCGAUGGUCCUGGCGGUGGCGCCGCCGCCUGACCAGGCCAGGCCAGGCCGCCACUGUCCCCCGCCCGCCCCUCUGAAGUGACCUUGCCGCCACACCGGGUCCUAACGGGAGGCGCAGGCCACGAUCUAGAAUGGGGCAGUAGAGGUUGGAGGCUUGGAACCUGCAGCCAGGCCUCUACUGGAGAAGGGGGCCGGGCAGUGGAGAGGCAGAUGUCAGGAUCCAUAGGGUGAUAACCUCUGGGGCAGGCGCACCCGUCAUUGACGGCUCUAGUUGGGGGGAGGGGGGGGCGGGUACUAGGGACUCCAGGGGAGUGGAACAAGACCUGUGACUCUGGAACUGGGCCCCCAAAUAGGGACUCCCCAGUGGCUGGGCCUCAACCAUGGGACAGCCUGCAGUUCUAACCAAAAAAGGGGCUUUCGGGAAUUAGGGUCUAUCCUGAGAACUGAGGUUCUCUGGGUCUGGGACCAGGAGGGACAGUGGUGGGGACAGUUACUUGAGAGCUGAGCUGCAAGAUUGGACCUCUGUGCAGUGGGGAGGGGCCUCUUCUGGAGUGAGACAGGACAGGACAGUCGGCAUGGCUACAGCUCAGCAUUUGGUAGCAAGAUAAGGGGCUCCCAGGCAGGGGCUAAGGCCUUGACUAUGGGGUAGAGUUCUAGCCUCUGAGUUCUAGCAAGGGGCAGGACUUGCUGGGGUCUAGCUCCGAUGUGACACUUCUAUAAAUAAGAUGAACAUAAAAGAAACAGAAAGAGGGAGAGAGAAACAAUAUACUUUUUCUCUCUAACAUUUAUUUGCUUGGAACGUGCAGGGAUCCUUCAGCAUCGAAGUAGUGGCCACAGUACUAUGUUCCAGUGGGGCUUGGGAUAGGACAGUAAGGCAGCUCUAGGAUAGAGUAAUAGGACAUGGGCUUGGUUGGAGUAGGGUCCCCAGAGGCUUCAGGAGCCAGAAGGUACCCUGGCUCCAAAACCUAAACUUGGAGUGGGCCUCUGUGACAAGUGGUGGUGGUGGGUGGUCUGAGGUGGUAGUGCUGGGUAGUCUGAGGGAGAGAGGCAGCUCCUGCUUGGAGGUUAGGCCUUCAAGCUGGAGAGUGGAUGGUGGAGAGUGGGCCCUGGCUUCUCUGGUCCAGGUACUGGAGGACAGAGGACCAUCUGCUUAGAGCCCGGUGGUUGGUAAGUGGCAUCUGGAACUGGGUGGCGGGUAUCAGAAGCAUGAUUGCAUCAGACUUGGUGCUGGGUCUUGGGACCUGAUAAGAACCUGGAAGAAAUCCUCUUCCCUCCUCCCAACGUGUGUCUGGUGUCAGUGACUCCAAUGAACUGGAACUGCCCGCGUGGGGACCCGACUUGGAAGGGACUGGGGGAAGAAGGUUUUCAUAACUGUGACGCUGCCAUCAGUGUGUGUUCCCCUGUGCCUUUCCCCCCGGUCUCCCCAGGUCUCCCACCUGCUCCAGCCCAGUUGCUCUCUGCAAGCUGCUGAGGGCAGUGACCACCAGGAGCUGGGCACAGAAGCUUUUCUCUUCAUUUGUUUUGCAUUUUAGUCAAGCCCUCCCAGAUCUCUGCUCCCCCAGUGCCUACCCCAUGUGUCAUCCCCCCCUUUCCUUUACAGACACUGCCUCAGAAAUGCCCCCCUGACUCCCUCCUGAAGCAGUGUGCUGACAUCCUUGUAAAAACAAAUUUAAUUUUCUUUCCUUUUUGGGACAGAUGGAAAGACAUUGACGUCUUUGUCUCAAACAAAAGGAAAAAGAUAAAGAAACAAUAUACCUCUUUUCCUUUGACAGCUAUUUCUUUGGAACAAAAGCUGGGAGGCUGUCACUCCAGCAGGGACUGAAAAUCAUUCAGGGGGUUGAAGGCUUAGGCACCUAAGAUGGGCUUUGGGCACAUUUCGGGAAGGGAUGUCCUUAGUGGGCAAAGCACAGCCCCAUUCUCAGGGUGAAGUCCCCAGAAGCCCCAGACCUGAUGAUGUUCUCCCUUCAGGAAAUGGCUCCCCUGGGGCCUGGAAAGCUAUGGGGCAGUGCCCAGCUCUCAGAUCCAGCCUGCUAAGCCACUGUGACAUG